AUGGCAAACAAAUCCUGUUUGCUGAGAAAGCAGAGAGUGAAAAGAGAGGAUGACAGGGAGAGGGAGUUGGUUCAACGGUCAGAGGAUGAGCAGCCCGAAACAGAAAACAGCGGACCGCUGGAGCAGACUUUUCUUGGGAACUAUAAGGCCGCUAACUAUACUGAACUCAUGGAGAACAUGAUCACUUCUUUCCAUACACUUCGUGGUAACAUGAGCAUCAAAGUGCAUUAUCUCCACAGUCUUUUGGAUCGAUUUCCACAUUGUCUUCAUGAUGUGAGCGACGAACAGUAUGGUUGUCCAAAUCUGACGGGGAAAAAUGUUGGACUUUUGAAGAGAAUGCAGGAUAAAGUGACAGAAAUGAACCCUGAGCAGAAAUUAACAUUUUUGCAUUGUAUUAUACAUCAGGAAGUGUUGUGUAAGUCAGUAUUAAAAAUGAACCAUGUUGUUGAUGUUGUAACUAAAACAGUUAACUUCAUCAGAGCAAGAGCACUGAAUCACAGACAGUUUGUUGAUGAAAUUGAGACUGAACAUUGUGACAUCAGCUACCACACAUCUGCCAGGUGGCUCAGCCUGGGAAAAGUGCUGAAAGUUUUCUGGGACCUGGGAGAGGAGAUCUUGGAGUGGUUCUGUGUGAAGAAGGGAAAUGACAUCCCUCAGCUUUCAGAUGCAGACUGGCUGGUAGACCUUGGUUUUGCUGUAGAUGUGACUGCUCAGGUGAAUGGACUGAAUGUCAAACUGCAAUGCAAGGGCCUUUUUGUGCAUGAAAUGUACAGCUCAGUGAAGGCUUUCAUGAGAAAGUUGCAGCUUCUCUCAAGCCAAAUGGGGGACAAUAUUCUCACUCACAUGCCAACACUAAAGGAAGCCACACCAUCAGCUGAUCACCUCCACAGGUACACAUCCAUGUUAGAAGCACUGCAUGGUGAGUUUUCAAGGCGAUUUCAAGACUUCAAAACACUUGAGAGUGAAAUGCACAUGGUUUCUUCUCCCUUGGAACUCAUUGACUUGCAGUCUGACACACUUCUAGCAGAGCACUUUAGGUCAGUCCCACUGCUUGAGUUUUACUCUUCACUCAAAGAGGAGAACUUUCCACACAUGAGGAGACAUGCUCUGAGGAUUCUAGUCCUCUUUGGAUCUACCUACACAUGUGAACAGACAUUCUCAUUUUUCAGUGAUGAAGUUCAACAAAUCCAGACACAGAUCCUCUAUCACUGA